CGAAGAAUAAAAAUGGUGGCGAUUGUAAACAAGUGAUGUUUUGACAAGGUUUAGUAGAUAUUAGUAUACUAAGUCACACCAAUGUAAAAGACAGCAUUGAUUUCAUGAGAAAGUGACAAAGAUCCAUCAUGUCAAGUAGCUGGAAGGGUUUGGAAGGGGAUGACCUUUUCCAGAACCUCCGUCACCUGCUAAUCAACUUUGACCCCCUUAUACGCGAGGCUGGCUCUUCAGACCAGGUGGAAGAAGCCUUGGUACAUAUGGAGGAAAAUGAUGAAAGUUUCCACAGAUAUGAAUUUGUGCGUCAAUUGAAGAGAAAGAUUGAGGAGGUGUUGGGUCCUAUCAUUGAGGAUGAAAUAGAAAAACAAUCCACAUCUACUGGAUCAGUGGACAUCGGUCAAGAUACACUGGUCAGCAGAAUCACUGAUCGUGUCAUUCACUCCAAACACUACAAUGAUCUAUCUAGAAAGAUGAAGAAAAAUAUAAUGGAGGCAGUUGAUUAUCUGAUGAGGAACUUUGAAUCUGAGUUUGGUACGGGACGUCACCGUGACUCCGCUGAUCAGCUCCAGGCCAACAGGCAAACGCGAAAGACAUAUAUAGUCAGUGAUGAGGAUGAAUCAUCGUGUGGCAGCUCCUUUAAUCAGGGUAUGAUGUGGUACACUAGCCAUGAGAUGCUAGAAAAUGUUGCUGAGAAACUGGGCAAGACCAAAGACACACAGACAAGGAUAGAAGGAAUGCAGACACUGAAUCAGAACUCUCCUGGAGAUUUUGUUAACAGUGAUCAGUGGGGAAGGAUCCGGAAAAACUUAAUGGAUGUGAUGGCAGAUCCAGAUGACCACCUCUCUUACCUCAGCCAGAAGUUUAUUGUAAGAGCAUUUACGACCACCUCGCAAUAUACCAAGGAAGUGUACACUCUCUUAGCUGACUAUCUGAUUGGCCAGUUUAACUCAAGGCGUGGCCUAAUUCCCAAAGUUAAGAAUGGACUAGAUGUACAAAAAGGAGAAAUGAUCAAACUCAUCAAAGCUUUCCGUCUGUUAAAUGAGUUCCAACAGGAGACAAUAAAUUACUGGAUACGUUAUCCUGACAAAUACCUUGAGAUGGUUCUAGAAAGUACGCUAAACUUGUUCUCAAUACACCAACAAGGAGCCCCCGUGGGGACCUCGUCCAGUUUAACACCGAUACAUUUUGUAUCCCUGAUUGAUCCAAAGGCCCAGUGGUUCAUCAAGUGGAUGCAUGGUAACUACAGUAGAAUGAAGCUGUUGAAACUCCUAGAGAAAUACAAAUCUGUGGUAGUGAAUGCUGUACACCAUUGUCUUGAGUUCUCAGCCAACAGAAAGAUGCCAUUUGAUCUAAUGAGUGAGGUGUCCGACAAUUUCUCAAAGACGUCCAUUGCAGAUGGAAAUAAGGGCCGCCCCUACUAUACUGGAGCAGAGCUGGAAUACUCCUACUUUAUACACUCCGUAUUCCUCCUUGGGCGCCUGCUGUGUUUUACCAACGGCCGCAAACUCUUCCCCAUCAAACUGAAGGAUUCAGAUGAACCAGUCACCAUUACCAAACUGUUGGUGGCCCUGGUGUUGAUAGUGGUCGACCCCAGUCUCAACCACGGCAACUCCAAAUCUACCCAAGGUCGGUAUGAGCCUGGCAGUCUGGUGACUGAGAUCCUGAAGAACCUGUGUAGUUCUGAACAAGUGUGUGAGAUCUGUCUAUACAAGGAUGAGAUCACCAACACUUUACUGUCUCCGGUCUCUCAGUACCUAGAUACAGUGCAUACACGACCAGGAAGUGAAUAUUCCUUCAACGAGGACCACCAUAUUGGUAAUGAAACAACACUUCUACAUGUAGCAGACAUUGUAUCUAUGAUUGCCUCAAGUACCAGAGGACGUCGACAUCUCAUCUAUGGAGAGAAGAAAGAUAUAUUUACUCGAACAAAGUCAUCAGCGGCUCACAUCAUAGCCAAGUUUACGAGAAAGGCACUAUUAGGGGAGUUACCUCACGAAGCUGGCCCCGCCCCUUCCAAGGCCGUGAUUGGAGCUUACCUGUACAUCUGUCGUCAGCUGUACAACACCUGUGAGGGUCUACUGGUACUCUACCCUUACGACCUUCACAGCGUAGGAGCCAUCGCAUGGAGAGAGGCUAACAGAGAUGCUGAUAAUGCUGUGACACCCACCCCGUCAGACAACAGCUCUGACACCGACAUCACUACAAGACAAGGCAAGGCUGACAUACAAGUAUGGGAGGACACUCUGAGAGACAAUCUGUUGAACUUCGCUAGUACAGCCAAAGGUAUUCUCCUCCUUCAGCAGACUGGUGCCAUCAACGAAUGUAUGUCCUACAUGUAUAUACGCUACGAACAGAAGUUACAGGUGAGCAAGUGUGAAAAGUUUGGAUAUGGCUACAUGGUGACGCAGGUGGCUGGGACUGCUCCAGGGAUGGUCGCUCUACAGAAAACAGGCUACAUUAAAGCACUGAUAGCAGAACUGUGGUCAGUAAUGGAGAGUGGACUAUCAGAUGCACCGCUGUACAGUGCUAAGACUUGGCCUGUAGACGCUGUGGAUAGGCAUUCUCACAAGCACCUGGUUCGCCUCCUCAAUGUCCUGGCUUCCUUUCCUGCUGUGUAUGAGGUUCUUGCCCGUAGACCUCUUCCCACUCAGGAUGAGUACACUUUUCGUGAGAUGCCAGAAACCAUUGCCGGUUUUAUUGAUCGACUGAUCCUUGUGGAUUCCCCAGGAAAGAUACAUUCUCUCUUUAACUAUGAGCACUCCCAUGUGUUUGGUCUAAGGGUGUUGAGUGUCAUGAUUUCGUGUCGAGAUACAUUCCUACUGCUACAGUCCCAAUACAGAUUCCAGGAUGUCUUACUAAAGGCACAGGGCGAAAACAAACCGAGCGAUCGUGAUGACCUUAUCGUUGACAUGCUGUCCGUGGAGAGGAACUAUGUUUUGGUCAAGUCUUACCUAAUAGGGGGACCAUCUGAGCGAGUUCUACCACCCCGUAUCCUCAGUGAGGAUUCUGUCUACCCGUUCCCGUUGUUUUCGUCAUUCCCUGUUCCGCGGGAAUACACACCCAGUCUGGGAGGAAGAACCACACUGAAACAAGCUUUUGUUGAAUCAGGAGAGGAAGAAAAUGACCUAACAAAGUUUUUAAGUAACACCAAGACAUUCAAAGCUGACCGUGGAAAGACUACAUGGCUGGAAAGAUGUAAAAACACUCUCACCAAGAUGAUUAUUGCCAAGUCAGACCAAGUCAAGGGCAUGGUGAUACAACAGUUGCUGGAGACGUGUGUCCCCCAGAUAUCAAAAGUCCCGGAGGAGUGCGUGUUUCCCCUACUGGACUAUACUGGUACAGACAGUGCUGUGAAAGGGUAUCAUCUGUCUCCACUCCAGACACUGGGAAUCAAAAUAGCUAUCCGGUAUGGGAUACACCUGAAGUUGAUCCACACCUCGUCAGAUGUCACAGAGAAGCUUACUCACCUGAUCAAGCAGUGUGCAUGCUUCCUACAGCAGCAGCAGAAGUCGGCAGACACUAAUAUUAAGUUCCUACAGGGUAACUACCCCGGGUUUGACUGGUUUGCUGCCACUGUCUUUCUCAUAUUUAAUGGUAACAUAGAGAAGUCCUGGCAGUUCCUGUAUAAGUUCUCCACCUUUGGCUGUUCUGGCUAUCUCUGGACUCCUCGUCUCCACUCCUCCGUUCACCUGCCAAGUGCUCUCAUGUCCAGCGGUAUAUCUCCGCUCUUCUCCAGUACCGGUCAUAAUAUUGAACUCAUCCUUCAGAUCGAGCUCCCUCUAGUGGCCUCAGCUUUCAGGAUGUCAGGAUACACACCUGCACAGAUCUGUGUACAUUGGCUGAAACAAUGUUUCUGGGACUACCUGGACUGGCAGGAUAUCUGUCACUAUGUGUGUGUAUGUAUCGUCAUGGGAAUCGACUAUCAGGUGUACCUGUGUGUAGCCAUCCUACGUCACAUGCAGAAGCGCAUCAUGGAACACAUGCAGACCCAAGAUCUCAUCAUCUUCCUCAAGGAAACUGCUAUAGAUGGCUUCCAUGUGUCCUCAAAUUUGAGAUUCAUGAACGAACUGGAAAAACGCUACAGAAAAAUAGUGCUAUCUGAUAUGUUAAACAUUUCAAAGCCCUGACUUCUGAUAAUCUGAUUUGUGAGGACCAACUUUGAUGGAGUUUCUAUCUGUGGAAGGAAAUCCUAAACAGUGAUAACAGAAAAAAUACUAAAGACAAUAAUUCAGUUUUGUUCAAAAAAAUUGGUGCAAUGAUAUUUUUUCAAAACGUUGAAUUCAUGAAAUCAUCUCAUUAUCUCAUUUUUAUAAAAAAAAAAAAAACCUGAGAAAUCAUGAAAGUUAUCUGGUUCCAAAAGGAUCAUGCAUGGAGGAAAAUAAUGAACCAGUUAAUUUAUUGUAUCUGAAAUAUAUAAUGAAGUACAGUCUAACUUUGUUGUCUCGAAGUCAAUGGGGCCAUGGAAAAUCUUGAGAUGUCCUGUGUAUUCGAGGUAACAGGGUAUAUUUUACAUAGAAUUUUUACACUUCUUUUAACCAAUGAUAAAAGUCAGUAAUGGAAAUUUUAAGAUAUCAAGGCUAGGAAAUCUUGGUCUGUGCAGUAUCGACUAAUGCAACUUUUGGUAAAGAUCUGAGGUGUGUGGCUCAAUCUUUGCCAGAGAGAUUUCUUUACUGUCAGAACUGAAUUUUUCCUUCAAGUUAAGCAAGGUUUUUGAGUUAGCGGAGUUUGAAAUAAUAACUGUAAUUAACUGUAUAGAUUGUAAAUUGUAAUUAUUGUAUUAAUGGUUUAAGAAUGAAAGGAUUUAUAACGAUUAGGUAGCUACUGAAAUCAGAUGUUAAAAUAAAGUUGUGAAUUAUGUAUCUUCUGUGAUAUUUAAAUUGAUUGUUUUUACUACUUUGUAGUAAUAGUACUGUGAAUCAUUGUUACAUUUACAUAGAAUUUAAUUCAUUGAAUAUAUUCCGUUACAUGUAUAAAUAUUUUAUUUCAAAUACCUUGUAUGUGAAUAUAAUGUCCUGUCAUACAAUGAUGUGAAUCUCAGUAAUUUCAUUCACCCCACACCCUACCAUGUGUACUGUAUCACUCUGUAUCAGUGGUGUAAGUUGUCCCUGAUCAUCGUCCAAAUCAAGGACAACAAUUUAAGAUAUUUUUGUUACAUAUGAUCCGUCCAUAUAACAUUCCCUCCAUGAUAUAACUUCUUCACACAAUGGCAGUAAAUUUAACUGAACUUAUAAUCACAAAGUUGUUGAUAAAGAGAGGUUGUAAACUUUGUAGUAAGUUUAUUUUUUUCACUUCAUCCUCAUGUACCCACUUAAAAUGUAGAAUAAUUGAUGUCUCCAUUUCUAUAUUCCCAUCUCACCUGAACAAUUACCUGGUACAAAGGCGAUGUUGUUCAUCCCUGCAUUUUAUCUGAACAUCAAUUAUUUCACUUACCUUCAUAUUGAAAACUAUUUAUCAUGCAAUUACAUGUAGCUUUUUGUGUACAUAGCACAAAUUCAGGAAAACUUAGAUGAUAACAAUGUUCCAUUGUUAAACUGAGGGCGGUAUUAUAUACAGUAUUAUCAAUUUUUAUUUUAUCAAAACUAAAGAGGACCAUUUUAGGUAAAAGAAAACAAAAUAAUGAAGAGAGCAGUAUCAGUUUUUUUUAUCUGACAAUGGCUUCCUCUGGGAUUAUCCUGAAGAUUAUACUGCUAGAAGUUGGUCCUAAAUAUGUACACAUGCAGUUUGCCUCUCAUCCAUUUCUUAUAUUCAGAAUUAUAAAUUUUUUUGUAACUUAAUUUUUGGACAACUCUACUAUUUUAUCAGAUUUUCUGGAUGUCGAGAAUUGUCUUUGUAAUUCAAAACUUUUAAACUUUUCAGGACACUAAUCCGUCUUCAGCUUUCAAGUAUAUUCCUGAGUUUGUCCUAUCAUCAUGCACUUCGUUCAUGUGACAAUAUCACCUGUCAUCAGAAUCACAACCUGACACAACUGAAUGCCACUACUUGCAAACAUUUUAGUGAUGACUAUGAUACAUGUGUUCACCGUGUUAUUUAUUUAAUGUAAUGACUUUUACAUUCCGAAAUAAAGUGAUAUGUUUAGAACUUA